AUUAUAGCAAUGACGUGCUCCAAUUGCGUGUUUGUUUCGCAACGCCGCGUUCUUGCCGUUGCUCUCCGCGGUCUGCUGCAACGACUGUACGAUAUACAUUGAACAAGAAUGGCUUCAAGACCUCUGCCCCCGUCCAAAGACGCGCCUAUCGUGAUCAUCGGGGCGGGCAUCUUUGGUCUCAGCACAUCAAUUCAACUUGCGCAAAGGGGAUAUACGAAUGUCACUGUCAUUGACCAUCAACCGUAUGAUGUUUCGCAAUAUUCUUAUGAUGCGGGCUGUGAUGCUGCUUCGGCAGACAUCAACAAAAUCUUCAGAAGUGCAUAUGGUUCGCAAACCGUGUACCAAGACAUGUCACUAGAGGCAACGAAUGACUGGAACGCAUGGAACGCCGAGCUGGCAUCCAUGGCUCGGCCCCCACCGGGACUCACAAACCACGACGAGCUCUUUGUGAAAAACGGAAACGUUUCGAUUACAGACCAAUCCUCUCUACCUGAUUUCGAGCUGCAGUCAUAUAAUAACAUAAGCGCUGCGGGAUUGCGAAACAACCAGGUGAUACUAACAAACGACGAAGACGUCCAGCGAGCGAAACUCAGCGGAUACGGCUAUGCCGUGGAUCCAUUUGGUCGCAAAGCUCGCGGCCACUCGUUUGUAGGGUUAUUAGAUAUGGGCGGAGGGUUUAUGCGCGCUGCCAAAGCCUGCCGCUUUGCGCUUCACAAAGCCAGACAGUCGGGCGUCAACUUCAUCUUGUCGCCCAAGGGAGGGCGAUUCGAGUCAUAUGUCUAUGCUGCGACGGACCCGACUCAGGUCACUGGCGUGCGUACCGCCGACGGAAACGUACAUAACUCUGCGCUUACCAUUGUAGCUGCUGGUGGAUGGACUCCGACCUUGGUGCCGGAGCUUGACGGCCUUUGCGAAACAACCGCGGGCACGGUUGUUAUGGUUCAGCUUCCCGUGGACUCGCCACUUUAUGCUCGAUAUGCGCCGGAAAACUUUCCAUCGUGGUCGUACAAGAUGCGGGAUGGUGCAGCUGGAGGCCUGUACGGCUUUCCCAGGGACGAGAAUGGUGUUGUAAAGAUUGGAUAUCGUGGAACUAAGUUUACGAACCCGCAAAUCCAACCAGAUGGCAAAAUACGCAGUACCCCUGUCACGCGGUGGACAGCGGAGGAGAAAAUCACCACCGUGCCCAAGACUGGACUCGACGUGAUCCGCAAGUUCAUUCAGGAUUUCAUGCCCGAUAUACUGGAUGCAAAUCUCUCAAUCACAAAAUCGCGGAUCUGUUGGUACAAUGACAGUUAUGACAAUCACUUCGUCGUAGAUCACGUGCCUGGGAAGAAAGGGCUGAUGGUCGCGACGGGUGGCAGCGGCCAUGCGUUCAAAUUUUUGCCAAAUAUUGGGAAAUAUAUUGUGGAUGUGGUCGAAGGAAAGGGCCUGGACCGGGCGCUCAUUAAGCAUUGGAAAUGGAGGGCGCUGGCGCCCAACCAGCCUUUUGUGAACAAAUUGAUGGAGGGUUAUGCUGGCGCUCGCGUUCUAAGCAAGCAAGAGCUUCUCGAAGCGGAGAAGCAGAAGCUUGCAAAUAACCCCAGGGCCAGGAUAUAAGUGAUAUAAUCCUCUAUGAUUAUAGUGUAUUUAGAAUUGAGCAUAGCCGACGCUAGAGGUCAAAAUAAAGAUGAGAAACAUGACAACAAACAAGUAAAUGAACCAGGGUAUCGCCC